GCCGUUUUGGCUGAAACAAUUUUAGCACAAACCGCUGGCCGACCGUGCGAGUUCGGCUCGACCCUACCCGCGCCAUGGCCCAACGCGCCUCGCUCGGGGCUGCCGCUGGCCUGGCGGCCGUCGUUUGUUUGAAGCAGGGCCAGUCCUUCGUGUCCUCGCAGGUUGCGCCCCUCGCCGCCGUCGAGGAGACGCUACAGGCUUCCCCUGCGCAGGCGGCCCCCGCCCUCCGCGGCGCCGCGCACGCCCAACAGCCCAGCCCCACGGGGAAAGCCGCGGCCCUGGCAGCGCCGGCGGCCGCUGCCGCCCUCGCCGCGGCGGUCGGGUCCAAGCGCCGCGGUCGCGCCAGCAAGCUAGCGGCCGGCCAGGCCUCGUGCGUUGUUCCGGUCCAAUCGCGCGCCAGCGUGGCCCGCCGGGCCUUGGACCAGUCGAGCCGCUACGCGGACCUCUCGUUGACGGAGGAGGACCUGAUCAAGAACGGCCAGCACGUGCUGGUGGCCUACAUCAUGAAGCCCAAGGCGGGCUACGACUACCUGGCCACCGCGGCGCACUUCGCGGCGGAGUCCUCUACCGGCACGAACGUGAACGUGUGCACCACCGACGACUUCACAAAGACUGUGGACGCGCUCGUGUACUACAUCGAUCCUGAGAACGAGGAGAUGAAGAUCGCCUACCCGACGGCUUUGUUCGACCGCAACAUCACCGACGGCCGCGCCAUGAUGUGUUCCGUGCUGACUUUGAGCAUCGGGAACAACCAGGGCAUGGGUGACGUCGACUACGGCAAGAUUUAUGAUAUUUAUUUCCCGCCGCAGUACCUUCGCCUUUUCGACGGGCCGUCGUGCUGCGUGAUCGACAUGUGGCGCAUCCUGGGCCGCGGCACGGUCGGUGGUGGUCUGGUUGUCGGCACCAUUAUUAAGCCGAAGCUCGGUCUGCAGCCGAAGCCCUUCGGCCAGGCGUGCUAUGGCUUCUGGCAGGGCGGCGACUUCAUCAAGAACGAUGAGCCGCAGGGCAACCAGACUUUCUGCCAGAUGAACGAAUGCAUCCCCGAAGUCGUGAAGGCCAUGCGCGCGGCCCAGGAGGAAACGGGCCAGGGCAAGUUGUUCUCCGCCAACAUUACGGCGGAUGACCCGAACGAGAUGAUCGCACGUGCCAAGUACAUUUUGAACCAGAUGGGCCCGAUGGCGGAGAAUUGCGCCUUCUUGGUCGACGGCUACGUGGCUGGCGGCACUGCGGUGACCGUUGCGCGCCGCAACUUCCCGAAGCAAUUCUUGCACUACCACCGCGCCGGCCACGGCGCAGUGACCAGCCCGCAGACGCAGCGCGGGUACACCGCCUUCGUGCACACCAAGUUGUCGCGCGUCAUUGGUGCCAGUGGCAUCCACACGGGCACGAUGAGCUUUGGUAAGAUGGAGGGCGACGCUUCGGACAAGAACAUCGGAUUCAUGCUGCAAGACGACGUCGCCGACGGCCCCUACUACCGGCAGGAGUGGGAGGGCAUGAAGCAGACCACCCCGAUCAUCUCGGGUGGCAUGAACGCCUUGCGGCUGCCUGCGUUCUUCGAGAACUUGGGCCACUCGAACGUUAUCCUGACGGCCGGCGGUGGGGCCUUCGGGCACAAGGACGGGCCGAAGCAGGGCGCGAUCUCGUGCGCCCAGGGCGAGGAAUCGUGGAAGUUGUGGAAGGCAGGCACUUACGGCGACGUGAGCCUGUCGGACGGUGUCGUCGAGUAUGCGAAGACGCACGAGGAGCUCAAGGGCGCGUUCUUGACGUUCCAGAAGGAUGCGGACCAGAUCUACCCGGGCUGGAAGGAGAAGCUCGGCUACACGGGCGAGUCCUCCGUCCAGGCAGCCAGCUUCAAUUGGCAGAAGAAGGAGUUGGCCGCGGCGUUCGUUGGCGCCAGCAAGGCUCGCAAAGCGAGCUCUGUGACCCGCCAGGCCCUGGACCAGUCGAGCCGCUACGCGGACCUCUCGUUGACGGAGGAGGACCUGAUCAAGAACGGCCAGCAUGUGCUGGUGGCCUACAUCAUGAAGCCCAAGGCGGGCUACGACUACCUGGCCACCGCGGCGCACUUCGCGGCGGAGUCCUCUACCGGCACGAACGUGAACGUGUGCACCACCGACGACUUCACAAAGACUGUGGACGCGCUCGUGUACUACAUCGAUCCUGAGAACGAGGAGAUGAAGAUCGCCUACCCGACGGCUUUGUUCGACCGCAACAUCACCGACGGCCGCGCCAUGAUGUGUUCCGUGCUGACUUUGAGCAUCGGGAACAACCAGGGCAUGGGUGACGUCGACUACGGCAAGAUUUAUGAUAUUUAUUUCCCGCCGCAGUACCUUCGCCUUUUCGACGGGCCGUCGUGCUGCGUGAUCGACAUGUGGCGCAUCCUGGGCCGCGGCACGGUCGGUGGUGGUCUGGUUGUCGGCACCAUUAUUAAGCCGAAGCUCGGUCUGCAGCCGAAGCCCUUCGGCCAGGCGUGCUAUGGCUUCUGGCAGGGCGGCGACUUCAUCAAGAACGAUGAGCCGCAGGGCAACCAGACUUUCUGCCAGAUGAACGAAUGCAUCCCCGA